GUGUUUGGUGUUGUAUCUCAUAUCAAAAUAAUCGAAAAAUUUGUAUUUUUGUCGAAAUUAAUUGUAAAAAAUUGUUUUUUGACGCAAGCGAACGUCUUUCGGGAGCAUUAAAUAUCGAGAAUAGCUAAAAUUUGCACGAACAAAAACAGGAAAAACUCGAAAUGAGUGAUGAUAGUGCUGAGAAUGGUUCUUCGCUGGGAGAAAGUGACGACGCAGAAACAAUUAGCAGCAGUACACACUCCUUCGCCACUGCCACGACUGAAGAAUAUCAUCCGGGAUCGUCGCAAGAAUCGUUUAUCGCCGAUAGUCAAGCCAGCACAUUGCCAAAUUCGGAUCCUCCGGGCAGUUUUGCGACGCUAUCGAACUCAUCGCAGGAAAAUGUGCAACAACCCAUGGAUACGGAGCCACUCGAAGGUCAAGUUUUCGAAGUGCCAUUAGUGAAUGUCGUGCAAGAAGCUGUCGUGAUGGUAUCGCAAAGUGAGGAAAAUCGCGAAAAUCGUGAAAGAACGCCAUUAAGUUGCAGCCCCAAUGACAACGUAAUCAAACGAGUCAAGAGUAGCAGUAAGAAACGCAAGAGACCAAAUCGCAUCGAAAGCGACAUCGAAGAUUUGGAAGAUGACGAUGGCUUGACGUGCCCCAUUUGUCUCGAUCAUUGGGAAAUGACGGGAUCGCAUCGUCUCGUAUCGCUGAAAUGCGGGCAUUUGUUCGGAGAUUCGUGUUUGCGACGCUGGUUACGCGAAUGUGCGGCGGGAAACAAAUCUUGCCCGCAUUGCAAAACGAAAGCUGGUCCGCGAGACAUUCGCUAUUUGUAUGCCCGCAAAAUGUGCAUCGUCGACAACUCGGAAGUGGUUCGUUUGCAAAAAGAACUUGACGGGGAACGACAAAAAGUCUCGUCGCUCCAGAUGGAAUUGCAAAUGUCAAAGAUGGAGAACCAAAUUCAGCAGAAACUCGUGGUUGAGUUACAAAAACAAAUCGCUGAGGCACAAUACGCCGCUUACGCCACAAACAUUAAACUGCAAAAAGCACGAACUGGCACGUACAAAUUAUUCUUAGAAAAGACAAUUGACAUUUCGGCUCAAGCGGGAUGUCGUGUUCUAACCUAUAAUCGCAAUCGUCGCUUUUUACUCGCAUCACAGAAGACCUCAAAUAACCUCUUUCCGGGAUAUGGGGUUCGUUAUAUCGACGCAACUACUUUAAGACCCAUGAAUUAUUUGCAUCAAUCCGCCUCGUCGUUGCGCGAUUUGUGCUUUGACGCUGACGAAUCGCUCUUUAUUGCUGCCUGCAGCGAAAAAACGAGCAAAUUGUACGAUUUCAACACGAAAAAUCUCGUCGAAUCAUUCCAACCCUCCGAAAAUUCGCAAAUUUGGUCUUGUGGCUUCGACAAAGUUCGCACAAAACUCUUGUAUCUCGGCAUGCAAAACGGCAGCACCUUCGUUUAUGACAUCCGUCAACCUCGUGCCGUGCUGAAAGAGUUCUCAACUCCCGGCGAUUUCUCUCCCGUGAUAAAUGUUUGGAGUGUUCCCGUUUCCAACGACUUCCCGUACGGCGGAUGUCUCGUUUGCAAGUUGACUUCUUGUUGGUUCUUCGAAUACACUGCCGACCAAAAUACCAUCCCGAUGCGUUUAAAUAUCGACGGACCCUUCGUUUCGAUGCAAUAUGAUGCCAACAGUAGCCAUAUCCUCAUCAAUGCUCGUCCGAGUGCGAAUCACGAAAGAGCGCGUCACAUGUUGGCGGAUCUCGUGCGUCUCAAUGAAUCCAUGGCAACACUUCAGAUCGUGCAGGAAUAUCACGGCUCGAAGGUGCAAUCGUUCAUUUCGCGCAGUAGUCAAGUUAGUUAUCGCGAUACGACAAUCGUGACGGCAUAUUGCGAAGAUCAAAAAGUCAUCCAAACGUGGGGCAGAAAUGUCGAAAGUACAAGAACUGCCAUUUCUGAGAGGAUUUUGGAUACGUGCCCCGUUUAUAUUGACAACGAAACGACUUAUGUGGCUGCCCUGACGGAGAGCAAGUGUCGCGCUUACAAGUUCACAGACUCUUCUUGACUUUCGCACACGAGAAAUUUGACAAAAGAGUUAUUAUUACCGUUUAGUUAGUAGGUAGGCUAGAUAGGACAACCAAGAGAUUCUCACACAAAAUAAAUUUCAAAUAAAUUAGACGCUAAGUGUUAAGAAAUACGAGCUCCAUGUACAAAAUUAAAUGACAAAUUAGAAGUUAUUAAAAUAAACGAGUGCUAUUUGCUUU